AUGACUGUGCCCAUGGCAGGAACACCAGCGAUCGCAGACACUGUCCAUUUCCCUCCCGAUAUCCUACCCGGACCGGAUGCCCCGCCGGUCACGCUCCUGCCAGUUGAGUACGACGACUACGCCGUUUCCGGGUAUCGCGAGUUCUGCAACCUCCGCGCCGAGGGUGUCAUCCCCGAGGCUGCAACCUUGGUGGAGCCAGCGUGGAGAGCGACCGUUGAACCCAUGUACGAAGAAUCUUUAUUGGCCGCUCUGGGACGUAUCCAAGACCACAUUCCCGCCGGUGAUCUUGCUGUCCAGUGGGAUGUUGCGCAGGAACUUGCAUACCUGGAGGACGUGGCCUCGAGACCGGCAUGGUUUACACCUGUGAAAGAUGGGAUCUUGAGACUUGCUGCCGCUGUGGACGAGGGUGUUGCGCUAGGCUUCCAUCUCUGCUAUGGUGACCUAGGACAUAGGCAUUUUGUUGAGCCUACAGACACGGCCGUGCUGGUUGAAGUUGGGAAUGCGAGCUUGAAAGGUGCCACGAGGCCCGUCGAUUGGAUUCAUUUGCCCGUGUCUAAGAGUCGUGCCGAUGUGGCGUAUUUUGCUCCAUUAAAGCAGCUCGAACUGGGUACUACGGAGUUUUAUCUUGGAUAUCCGCAUCCGGAGGAUGAGGAGGGAACGAGGGAGAGGGUCAAGGCUGCGUCGGAGUUUGUCGGAACGUUUGGGCUUGCCACUGAGUGUGGGCUAGGGAGGUCGUCGCAGGCUGAGUUGGAUAGCAUUCUCCGGGUUGCGAAGAGUGUGACGGGUCCUAAGAUCUGA